UCAGUGAAGCUGGAAGACUGCAGUCAAACACUGGAGUUGAAUCUCAACAUUAAAGAUGAAGAAGAGGAGGAGAAGAUUGGGAAAUCUGUUUCUCAUGGAGACGUUGAGUCAUUAUCUACAUCCAGAGAGCAACAGCAGGAAGAUCACAGAGCUAAGAGGUCUCACCACUGCCCACAUUGUGAGGAGAUUUUCCCAAUUCUAUCAAAGCUAAAAAUACACCUAAAAAUACACACAGGAGAGAAGCCUUACUCCUGCUCUGACUGUAGAAAMAGUUUCUCCCAACUGGGCCACUUAAAAACACAUGAACUUAUACAUACAGGAGAGAAGCCUUACUUCUGCUCUGACUGUGGGAAGAAUUUCUCUCGAKGGGGCAGCUUAAAAUCACACCAACGGAUACACACUGGAGAGAAGCCUUACUCCUGCUCUGACUGUGGGAAGAGCUUCACAACAUCUGGGUCUCUGACAAUUCAUCAGAGUGUGCACACUAGAGAAAAGCCUUACUCCUGCUCUGACUGUGGGAAGAGUUUCUCUCGACUAGGCCACUUAAAAACACAUGYACGUAUACACACAGGAGAGAAGCCUUACUCCUGRUCUGACUGUGGAAAACGUUUUUCCCAAUUUGAUAAGUUAAAAGGUCACCAGCGUAUACAUACAGGAGAGAAGCCUUACUACUGCUCUGACUGUGGCAAGAGUUUCUCUCUACAGGACAGCUUAAAAUCACACCAACYGAUACACACAGGAGAGAAGCUUUACUUCUGUUCUGACUGUGGGAAGAAUUUCUCUCGACAGGACAGCUUAAAAUCACACCAACGGAUACACACAGGAGAGAAACCUUACUUCUGCUCUGAUUGCGGGAAGAAUUUCUCUCGACAGGACAACUUAAAAUCACACCAACGGAUGCACACGAGAGAAGCCUUACUCCUGCUCUGAAGCUGGGAAGAGCUUCACAACAUCAAGGGGUCUGACAGUUCAUCUGAGAACACACACAGAAGAGAAGCCUUGCUCCUGCUCUGACUGUGAGAAG